AAAACAAACAUCCAAACUAACACCGAUCUCCAAAAUCAAACCCCCAAAUCCCACCAAAACUUCACUCCUUUCCUUCCCCCACUACACUCACUCUGUGUUUUUCAAGAAAUUCUCCAAACCCCAUCAAUGGCGUCCUCCUUGAUUUCCUCACCAUUCACAAUUCCCAACUCCAAACCCUACUUCCUCCACUCCUUCCUCCCCAAAAAACCCCCCCACCCCUACCCACCCUACCCCACCCCCCUCAAAUGCACCGCCGUCGCCGGCGGCCCCGGCAACGGCCUCUUCACCCAAACCUCCCCGGAACUCCGGCGAAUCAUACCUCAAAAAUCACAAAACCUCCCCACCAUCAAAAUCGUCUACGUCGUCCUCGAAGCUCAGUACCAAUCCUCCCUCACAGCCGCUGUCCAAACCCUAAACCUAAACCAAAAUCAAAACCAAAUCCCAGCCAAUUUCGAAGUUGUCGGCUACCUAGUCGAAGAACUCCGCGACGAAAACACCUACAAAACCUUCUGUCAGGACAUCCGCGACGCCAACAUCUUCAUCGGAUCCCUAAUUUUCGUCGAGGAAUUAGCCGUUAAGGUCAAAAACGCCGUCGAGAAAGAACGGGACCGGCUCGACGCCGUUCUCGUCUUCCCCUCCAUGCCCGAAGUCAUGCGCCUCAACAAAUUAGGAUCCUUCAGUAUGUCCCAGUUAGGUCAAUCCAAAAGCCCCUUCUUCCAAUUAUUCAAAAAAAAAAACAACUCCGGAUUCGCCGACAGUAUGCUCAAACUUGUCCGUACAUUACCAAAAGUCCUCAAAUAUCUGCCCAGCGACAAGGCUCAGGACGCGCGGCUCUACAUUCUCAGCCUCCAAUUCUGGCUCGGCGGCUCGCCGGAAAAUCUUAUCAAUUUCGUUAAAAUGAUCGCCGGAACAUACGUUCCGGCGCUCAAGGCGGCGAGGAUCGAAUAUUCCGAGCCGGUGCUGUUUUUGGACAGCGGCAUUUGGCAUCCGAUGGCUCCGAAUAUGUACGACGAUGUUAAGGAGUAUCUGAAUUGGUACGCCACUCGCCGUGACGUCGCCGACCGGAGUAAGUCGCCGGCCGGAGCUCCGGUGAUCGGAUUGGUCCUUCAGAGGAGCCACAUUGUCACCGGCGACGACGGCCACUACGUCGCCGUGAUUAUGGAGCUCGAGGCCAGGGGCGCUAAGGUCAUUCCGAUUUUCGCCGGCGGAUUGGAUUUUUCCGGGCCGGUCGAACGGUACUUUAUUGAUCCGAUUAGUAAGAAGCCAAUGGUGAACUCGGUAAUUUCGUUGACGGGUUUCGCGCUCGUUGGGGGGCCGGCGCGGCAGGACCAUCCGAGGGCGGUCGAGGCGUUGAUGAAGCUCGACGUGCCGUAUAUUGUGGCGUUGCCAUUGGUGUUUCAGACGACGGAGGAGUGGCUGAAUAGUACACUCGGGUUGCACCCGAUUCAGGUGGCGUUGCAGGUUGCGCUCCCGGAGCUCGACGGCGGGAUGGAGCCAAUUGUUUUUGCGGGACGGGAUCCGAAAACAGGAAAAUCGCAUGCUCUUCAUAAAAGAGUCGAGCAGCUCUGCACGCGAGCGAUCAAAUGGGCCGAGCUGAAGAGGAAAUCGAAGACCGAGAAGAGGCUAGCGAUCACCGUCUUCAGCUUCCCUCCCGACAAAGGCAACGUCGGGACAGCCGCGUACCUAAACGUCUUCUCAUCGAUCUAUUCUGUCCUUAAAGAUCUCAAAAACGAUGGGUACAAUGUCGAGGGCCUUCCCGAGUCCGCCGACGCCCUAAUCGAAGACAUAAUUCACGACAAGGAGGCCCAGUUCAACAGCCCGAAUCUCAACGUCGCCUACAAAAUGAAUGUCCGCGAGUACCAGAACUUGACUCCGUACGCCGCCGCCCUCGAGGACAACUGGGGGAAGCCGCCCGGGAAUCUCAAUUCCGACGGCGAAAACCUCCUCGUCUACGGGAAACGGUACGGGAACGUCUUCAUCGGCGUCCAGCCGACGUUCGGGUACGAAGGAGACCCGAUGCGACUCCUAUUUUCGAAAUCCGCCAGCCCCCACCACGGAUUCGCCGCCUUCUACUCGUUCGUCGAAAAGAUCUUCGAAGCCGACGCCGUCCUCCAUUUCGGGACCCAUGGAUCGCUCGAGUUCAUGCCGGGUAAGCAGGUCGGGAUGAGCGACGUUUGCUAUCCUGACAGCCUUAUCGGGAACAUCCCGAACGUCUAUUACUACGCGGCGAACAACCCGUCGGAGGCGACGAUCGCAAAACGUCGGAGCUACGCCAACACUAUCAGCUACCUUACGCCUCCGGCCGAGAACGCCGGGCUGUACAAAGGGCUGAAACAGCUCAGCGAGCUAAUCUCGUCGUACCAAUCGUUGAAAGACACGGGCCGCGGGGCUCAGAUCGUAAGCUCGAUUGUCAGCACCGCCCGGCAAUGCAAUCUUGAUAAGGACGUCGAUCUCCCGGAGGAAGGCGUCGAGAUCUCGAUGAAAGAGCGGGAUCAAGUCGUCGGUAAGGUUUACGCCAAGAUCAUGGAGAUCGAGUCGCGGCUGCUCCCGUGCGGGCUUCAUGUCAUUGGGGAGCCUCCGUCGGCGAUGGAGGCCGUUGCCACGCUCGUUAAUAUUGCUGCGUUGGAUCGUCCAGAGGACGGGAUUUCGUCGCUUCCGGGUAUUUUGGCCGCGUCGGUGGGUCGGGCGAUCGAAGAGGUCUACCGGGGCAAUGACGCGGGUGUGCUCCGUGACGUUGAGCUCCUUAGGCAAAUAACCGACGCCUCGCGGGGGGCGAUCACCGCAUUCGUGGCGCGGACGACGAAUAAGAAAGGGCAGGUUGUCGACGUUGCCGAUAAGCUGACGUCGAUUCUCGGGUUCGGUAUCAACGAGCCGUGGAUGCAACACCUGUCGGAGACGAAGUUCUACCGCGCGGACCGGGAGAAGCUCCGGGUUCUCUUCCAGUUCUUAGGCGAAUGCUUGAAGCUCGUCGUCGCCGAUAAUGAGCUCGGAAGUUUGAAGCAGGCGUUGGAGGGGAAGUACGUCGAGCCGGGGCCGGGCGGAGACCCGAUCAGGAACCCGAAGGUUCUGCCGACGGGAAAAAAUAUCCACGCGUUGGACCCUCAGGCGAUCCCGACGACCGCCGCGAUGCAGAGCGCGAAGGUCGUCGUGGAUCGGUUGCUUGAGCGACAAAAGGUCGACAACGGUGGGAAGUAUCCGGAGACGGUCGCGCUCGUUUUGUGGGGGACGGAUAAUAUCAAGACGUACGGCGAGUCGUUGGCGCAGGUGCUUUGGAUGAUCGGUGUGAUGCCGGUGGCGGAUACGCUCGGACGGGUGAAUCGGGUAGAGGUGGUGUCGCUCGAGGAGCUCGGGAGGCCCCGAAUCGACGUCGUUGUCAACUGUUCCGGUGUUUUCCGCGACCUCUUCAUCAAUCAGAUGAACCUCUUGGAUCGGGCGGUGAAGAUGGUGGCGGAGCUCGAUGAGCCCGAAGACCAAAACUACGUAAAAAAACACGCGUUAGAGCAGGCGAAAACGCUCGGCGUCGAGGUUCGGGAAGCCGCAUCCCGAAUUUACUCGAACGCGUCGGGUUCGUACUCCUCAAACGUGAACCUCGCCGUCGAGAAUUCAUCGUGGAACGACGAGAAGCAGCUGCAGGACAUGUAUUUGAGCCGGAAGUCGUUCGCGUUUGACUCCGACGCUCCGGGCGCUGGGAUGACGGAGAAACGGAAGAUCUUCGAGAUGGCGCUAAGCACAGCCGACGCGACGUUCCAAAACCUCGACUCGUCGGAGAUUUCGCUCACUGACGUCAGCCAUUACUUCGACUCGGACCCGACGAACCUCGUCCAGAACCUCCGGAAAGACGGGAAGAAGCCGAGCGCGUACAUCGCCGACACGACGACCGCUAACGCUCAGGUUCGGACGUUAUCGGAGACGGUGCGUCUCGACGCGCGGACGAAGCUGCUGAACCCGAAGUGGUACGAGGGGAUGCUGUCGAGCGGGUACGAGGGGGUUCGGGAAAUCGAGAAGCGGCUGACGAAUACAGUCGGGUGGAGCGCGACGUCGGGGCAGGUCGACAAUUGGGUGUACGAGGAGGCGAACACCACGUUUAUUGAAGAUGAGCAGAUGCUGAACCGGCUGAUGAGCACGAAUCCGAACUCGUUCCGGAAGCUCGUGCAGACGUUCUUGGAGGCGAACGGCCGCGGCUACUGGGAGACGUCGCCGGAAAACGUCGAGCGCCUCCGGCAGCUCUACUCGGAGGUGGAGGACAAGAUCGAAGGAGUCGACCGUUAGAGGGUCGGAAGAUUCGAGAUCCUCGUACGGUGUCGAAUACUAUUGAGUGUUGUAGUAAGUAAUAAAUGCUCUUCCUUUUGUAUCGUUGUGUUUAAAUUUUUUUGGAGGGGUUGGGAAUUGAUUGAAUGAAUGGAUUGGGUGUCGUUUGUGCA